AGGUAUCGGCCCGAUAGAGGAGGACUCGGUGACCACGGUCGCUGAGAUCGUUGAUUCGCAGGAGCAACAACAGCCACAACAGCAUCAUCAAUCGAAGAGCAACGGUGCAAUAUCACGCCGUGUUGCUGGUCAAAACGUUGCGUUGAGCAACGGGAAUAGUACCAGCAACGUCGGCCGCGUUACACCGCGCAGCCACAUGGAGCAAGAGAAGCGAAUACGGCGAGAAAUCGCCAACAGUAACGAACGACGUCGGAUGCAGAGCAUCAACGCCGGUUUCCAGUCGCUGAGGACCUUGCUGCCGCACCACGAGGGCGAGAAACUCUCCAAGGCUGCGAUACUCCAGCAGACCGCGGAAUACAUAUACCAGUUGGAGCAGGAGAAGACUCAACUGCUGUCGCAGAAUUGCCAAUUGAAACGAUUGGUGAAUCAGCACGAGGGUGGAGAUGUUCCGAUAAAGAAACGCAAGCCGGAUAAUCAAGGUGGUGUCGUCGUCAGUUUGCCGAUGCACGUCAGCGAGAGCGGCGACGAAGGAUUGGGCAGCAUGUCUCCGGAGCCGUUGUCGGUAAUAACGGUGACCACAGAGGGACAUUCCGUGGUGAACAGCAGCGAGGUGGUGGAGCUGAGACGACAGUUGGAAAGGGAGCGCCACACGAGGCUGCACCUAGAGAAGCAGAUGCGAGCCAUAGAAAGUCAACUGUACCCGGACAGAUUCCGGGACAGUCAGCUGAUCACUUAUCAGCCGCACGAGGUGAUCGAGCACACGGACAACGUGAUCGCCCAGGAGACAGAGGAAGCCGUCGCGGCUCUACAGGUGGUGUCCGUGGUGUCCCUGCCGCCGGUCGGGUCGACGCAGACCGUAGAGACGUCUAGUCCGGACCCGAGUUCGCCGCCCCUGUCGCCGCAGCCCGCCGACAUGGUGCCCGAGGACAUCAAGGAAGAGGACGUGGAGCCCGGUAGCCCGAAGAUCGUCGCGUUCACCCAGAGCCAAGGGUUCGCCGCGAUCGAGGAGCAGACCACCGCCGACUCGUUCUCCUCCGCGAGUCGCGUCACGUAUUCGGGGGAUUUCAAAGGCUCGUCGCCGCAGUACAUCACCGCGAGCCCUAGCAGGCCGUUUUCUCCCGCCACGGAGCCCCAGCGGUUACCCAGCGUUCUGGAGGCGGCGAUCAAAGCGGAACCCAAGGUCGAAGUAGAGAGGCUGCCCUCGCCGUCGAACUCCCUGGACGACGGAACGCCGCAGGCGAGGCUGUAUCUGGCGAACACGUCGCGGCAGAACCUGGAGACGAUCGUAGAAGCGAUACGUCACCUGGAGGGCGACCACCUGUUCAGCGACGAGCCGGCCGGCGUUCAAGACGUGCCGCUGGCGUUGACCAACAAACAGACGGCGAACAACCCGUCCGGCAAGACGUCGGCGUCCUCGCCGUCGGCCUCCUCGACGUCGGCGAAGCAGCGGCUGCUGCAGGCCGAGUUCCUCCAGUUCCACAGGCAACAGCAGCAGACCCAGCAGAGACCGGGUGUGAUUGUGGUGAAACACUCGUGAUCGAGAGGCGUGUCCCGAUCAGCAAACUGAACGCGCCUCCCGCAAGUGGCAAGUUCGUCUACGCUCGAGAAAGAACGGUUCUUCUCGCGAGGCGUCCAGCGGCGACCAGCAGCGACCAGUGCCCCCGAACGGUCGAACAGACCACGGAGAAACAAUUUUUCCGUCGACCCCCCUGGUCGUCACCACCGUAAAAGACGCUCGGGCAAGGCCUCCUCGCGUCCGCGGACCGCGACGAUCAGCGCCGAUUAGCGCCGAGCCGAUCGAACACGUCAAAACGAGUCUGGCCGGCGUGUUUUCGUAUGUUCCUACUGCCCGUUGUCCGCCUUUGUUUCGACCGACUCGAUCCGCGCGGACCCCGUACAGACCCGUCGUCGUUCGCAGCUCUGGCGAUUGUUCGCGCGAAACCUCGGUGAGAUUGCGCCGCGACGCGACGCGACGCGACGCGACGCGGAUCGACCGACUCUAAAACAGCGGUUAUUUAACGGCGACUCGAAACGAAGGUGGGACCAAGUCGAACCUCGACGAAAGGAUCCUCGCCACCGAGUUGUCGAAACGUUUCCCCGCCCACAACAUCCUAACACACACGUCCUCCAAUUCCCAGUCACUCGCCCCGCUCUUUGUACAUACUAUCGACACGAUAUUUCCCUCUACCUUCGUUUUCGAGGUCUUGGCUCUUCUCGCGAGAAGCAGUCCCGAGGACCCGGCGCGUUUCCCGCGUUCCCCGCGAAACCGAAACCUCUCGCUAGGUUCGUUUUGCCGCCCUAUUCGACACCGCUCCCGCCCCAGCCCCGGUCCCGGUCCCGGUCCCGGUCCCGGUCCCCGUUUUAAUUGUCUCACGACCUUCGGCCCUCCGAUCCCCAGCAAACCAACCUCCUCGUCCUCCACCUCUACCUCCCUUCGCGAAUCGAGACAGCGAAGCGGGCGUUUUUGCUCCUCGUGUGCUACGAGGCAGAAUUUUCAUUUUUCUAGAACUUAAUGGACUUGCUAUCGUAACGAUAAUAAUAUUAAUAUUAAUAAUAUCCGUAGGUGAUAAGAUCGCGUACGAUGUACUCUACUGAGAUACACAUACAUACCCACGACAUAUACGUAUAUACGCUGCCGCUGAAGAAUAUGGGAUCAAUCGUUCCACUUGUUUCGCGAGGGAAUUAAGUUAUUAUGUAUAUGUACAAACUACUGUUUUCGAUCGCGGCGAGGCGUCGAUGCCCGCGAAGCUUUGUUCUCGAGAAGGCAAGCCCCGGAGUACGGCGUCGCCUCGAUGGUAGACCGCUGGAUGAUAUCCGAACCGAGUAACCUCGACAGAUUGACUGGUAGCAAUUUCUGGACAGAGGGAGGAGAGACCCUCGAAGGUCCCUUUUCUUCUCGAAAGCAAAGAUUCUUCGCGGGCAGGUUAAUGUAGAUGGGGCACUCGCGCGCCUUGCAUACCCCGAGAGAGUUAGUACAUUCGGUUUGAGAAGAAAAUUGCGACGCUACGAACGCUAGAUGCUAAAAGACACGAGACCUUUUCAGUUUCAUUCGUACACUGUGAAUAUCAACAACUGCACCGCGGACUUCGUGCAUUCGAUCGAACUCGAAGGCGAUAGAACCAAUUGCCCCUGCAAAGGUGUGCGGCGUUCUCGCGGCGGGGCCUUUCCGGAAAUAUUGUAAAAAAUGAACGAUUUCCUGAAAGCUGCAGGAUUCGAUUGUUCCGAACGCGUUAGAAAAAUCUAUCUGUGUUGCGAACAGAAUGUUUCAUGAUGUUCGUGGAAUCUGCGGGCCGAUUGUAAGCGAUCCCACAGUACUGAGCGGAAGUGUACAUCUAUACGAUCCUCCGGGUGUACGUAUAUGUAGAUAUAUAUAGAAUAACAAACGUAUGCGUCCUAUGCACAUAUAUGUAUACUAUAUGCGCGGGUAUACAUGUACGUAUAUACGUGCAUACUCUUCUACGUUCCUUUCUUUUUCUUUUUCUGUUUUUUUUUUACGUUAUUACGAGAAUUUAAAAAUGAGAAAAUGGAAUCUAUACACUGACGACGCGUUCAGGAAAGGAAUCACACUUUUGACCGGUAACAUGCUGUUUUUUUGUUUUCUCGAUUUAUUCGCGGGAUUAUCACCGCGAGCGUGACGAUUCAAUCGAGUGACAGGGGACGUUGAUUGAAAAAGGAAAAAGAUAGAAAGCAAAACAUUAUUUUGCACGUACAUCGCGCCACUCUAAGCAUCGUCGAGUAUCGUACGUGCACCCGUGCUUCGCGUCGGACACUCAUUCGGGAUGCACACGCGAACAAUUCGGAAAUCGUUUAGACGAAUAUGUACACAUGCUCGCACACGCGUACACAGAAAUCCACGCCGUUAUCAAAUUCAACGUCGCUCCACGAGGACCCGUGACGGCGCUACCAUGACGGAAAUUUUAGAUAAUCGAUGAACGUGUAACACGAUGACUGAUAUAAAACGAUGACUUUUCAUUUAUUCGGACUAUCGGUAUCGAUCAAACACGAGAUCGUAUCACGGAUACGGUUUCUCUCGUAUAUUUCUUUGGGAAACGCUCAGCGUGGUGUUUCACGAUAGCUUCGGAGGGUUAAGAAUCUGUGCCAAAUAUCGAGUAUCCAGACUUUUGUUCCUUGAUAGAUGUAGCGCCGCGAUGGCGGAUCGGUGCACCGGACGGAUCGGCAGCUGCUCGAGGAUCGUUCGUCCCCUACGCGAUACGUCGGCACGUUUUCGAAGCGACUUUUUCUACCGUGAAGUUUCUUUCUUUUUUUUUUAACAAAACACGACGUCCAGAUAUAUCCGUCUGGCAUCGAUCCUUUCGACCAAUCGAUCGUCGAGCUGACCCGCGAGAAGGACGACGCCACGAUUCGGAAGCAACUUUCCCUCGAACAAUCUCUUUCUACAAUGUUUCGUAAACAUGUUGAGCGCGAACGUUCGUCACCGAUAGACUGUGCAGACUUUCCACGUGAACGGCAUUUUUGCUCUCUCGAAACUCGGUAGUACCUCGAAAUGUAUCUGAGAAAAGUUCAAUAAGACUUAUUGUUUCACCGGAGGAGUAGAACCUCCGAUGAUCUCCGACGGAGGGAACGAACUUGUUCUCUCGAGUCGGCACACACAAAAAUCUACAUUCGCGUAAAGAGCCGCGGUACGAGCGUGUUAAGAUUAAGGAAAGCGAAGAGCGUGGAGUCCAGGAUUUUUUCGUGCCUUUCGAGGGGAAGAACGAUCGAAUCGAAGAAGAUUCUCGAAACCGAUCGCGGCCGGUGAACCAUCCCGUGAAUGGUUUCGGGGGACGAGCUCUCCCAUCCGUUUCGAUCACUCUAUUUCUCUUUUUCUCUCUUUCUCUCUAUCGCGUCACUCGAAUCGUAACUCGUUUGUUUUCAUUUUCCGUUCGCUUUCUCAUUCACCGGACGACACGAACGACCGAUCGCGAACACCCGGCGUUAACACCGAGUUACCUUGAAAUCGCUGGAAACAGCUUCUCAGAGUACUCUUCGUUCGCGGAUGUACAAAACUCGUGGCGCAUGUACAAAACUUCGGUGUGAUUUUUUAUACGGUGCAAGAACGACUCGGGGAUCCUAAUUUUGGUCGCCUCCAGCGCGACGACUUUCGCGACGACUUUCGGUGCUUCUGAGCAAAGUAUUAUUUAGGUUUUUAAGUGUUCACUUUGUUUCCGACGAAACGCGAACGCAGCGAACGCUGCUCAGCGAUAUCGAUCACGAAAAUUUGCCUCUCUGCGAUCCCGGUCGAUCGUUCCAGCACCGUUAUAAACGCGCGAAAUGUUUGAACGAAGCUUGUACGCUUGAAAGCGUUCGCGGUAAUUUCAACGUAACUCGAAGGAUCCGGCAGACCAGCGGGUCUGUAACAGUGCCGAUUCGCGGUGCAAAAUCUUUCCUUUUCGCAAGUGCGCAUUUGGUUCGCGUGUAACGAUCCACGAUGGAGCGCGCGCGCCGGUAGCAAUUGUCAAUUUUAGGUAGCCGCAACCAACCAAUUGGUUCACCCGUGAGCGCUUCCAUUUUCUCGUCGACUUCGUCGACUCCCAAAAAAUGAUCUAGGAUUAGUUUGAAAGCGGCAAGACACCGGAACGUUCCCUACACCCAUCCGGGUACCACGCUAUCGCAAUAUAAAGCUACUCUCCGCGGCGUCAACAUUCAAGAACCAGGCCUAUCUUUCGGCCUCGGCGAAUUUGCAGGCUCUCGUGCCAUAAACGAUCACAGCUUUCUCGCGGAAAUCUCUCAUCAUCGAACACCGACGCCGCACCGACGCGUCGCGAGCUUUCCGACCAGUACGGAGCCAAAUCCGCGGCUGUUGCUGGUCCCGUUUCUCGCAGAGAGAAUAACUCCUUUGGCUCCGCCCACGCAAUUUCCAUCGCGUCGACCACAAUUAUCUGGACAAUUAUCGGUCGCGUAUCAGCGGUAGCUUCCCCGAAGCGGUCACCCUCGAGACGUCGACGAUUUUACCGGUUAAUAUCGGUGAGCACUUGCGCGAAGGAUUGGCCGCGCGCGGAGUCGGCAAAACACUGCAGAGACGCGAAGACGACAAUUUGGUAAAGAAAAGCGGACAAGCUGACAAACAGACGGGCAGGCGUAUCGAUUAAGCAGACUUUUAGUUAAACGUUUAGCGGUUAGAUUACGUAGGGAAUAGACGAGUACACGAGCGAACUACAAGCAAGGUUAUUACUCUAUUGUCUAUCUGGUAUGAUAAAUGUGAAAAAACGCUAAUCCGUAAUUGUACUGUGUGUAUAUAAUCCUAUUUAGCGACGUUCUACCUAAAAAAUGAUGAAACGAAAAUAUCGAAAAGAAGACGAGCGUUGCGAUGCCGAAGGGACGGACAAAGCUUGCGAAAAAAGGAUAAUCGACGAAAAAAAAAGAAAAAAAAGAAAUGUAAUCCGCGAAAUAAUCGAUCCCGUUUUCGCGACCGAACCGCGGACCUUCCUCGCGCGCGCGCGGCAGGCAAACUUUUUCUACCGAUCGUUCAUAAUUUUUCUACGAUUUUCCAACGAUUUUCCAAUUCACCGUUUCGACCCGUUUUAUCGAUCGAGAACGACUCGAUCCCGCGACAGCUACGAAAACGGGAUCGCCGAUCCAGCGAAACCUACGGAUGAUAGCGUGUAAUCGAUGCAAUUUUUCGGUUCGGCCGCUCCGAACGGAGCGGGGUUACGGCAUCUCGAUGUCCGCGCGAGGGCGCACAAGGGCCUAACGAGACGAGACGCGAGUUUCUUCGAUCGUUCUAAUCCUCAUCGCACCCACCUGUACAUCUCUAAAACAUCCCUCACGCACCCCGUCCCCGCCCACGUCCGCACCAACCCCCCGAUUUCCCGUUCGUUAUCGCUCGUUUCUACGCCUCGACGAUUUCUGUUUCGUAUUCGAAUCUCCGGAACGAUCCUCCUGUACGUUUUCUUUGCUCCGAUUCAACCCUUGCGUCUACGCGACUUCUUCUUUUUUCCUCUCUUCUCCGUGUUCCGUCGAUGCGUUUCUUGCCACGCGAUCGUAUCAUUUCGGUAUCGAGAAAAUGCUGUCAAUUAUUUUCCGACGCGCCGGUCAUUGAAUCCGAUGAUCGCCGAUGAACGAAGUGAAAGCUAUUUUGUCGAAUUACCGGUUGACCUUUUAGCGGUUGCAUCGUUGCAUCGUUGCGCGCGAGAUGUUUCUCGUCGCGAGCGUACGCGUGUAUCAGUUUGCGUUUCGUUGCAACAGGGAAUUCGAGCCAGCGAAGACGAUAUAUUUCGCGUGUACCGAUCCAACUGUUGACAACGAUCAUCGUGCGCAGAUUAAAGCGGUGUUACACGCACGGACUUCGCGAAUCGACGUCGACGCGUUAAGUCCUGUUACACAGAUUGUAUUCGGCUAAUUUAUAAUUAACGCGUCGUCGUCGAGAUUCGCGAACGUUGCCCGUGCUUGACGCCAGUUCCUAUCGGAACGUUGGAGAUUGUUAAAACGCAGGAGGAUCCGAUGGCAAGAAAUCGAUUGACUAAUUCAAGCGCUUCCAUGGAUACUUGUGGAUCAGCGCGUGUAACGUAUACGAGAAUGCUCGCGGGUAGAUUCUGAAUUAUAAUGUCGAUGAAUUCGUAUUUGCGUUCUGUGCUCCCGAUUCGCGGUUCAGAACGUCCUAAAAUCGGAGUUCAGAACGCGAAAACGCGGGUUUGGUUGACGUUUGCGCGAUGUGUUUCGUUUCGAAAUCCGACGGUUCUUCUGCGGGUGGUCCCCGUUUUAGAAUGUUACGACGAUAAUUUAGAAUCGCCCUGUAGAUUUUGAACGAAAACGCAUGAUCGUCGAUCCUUUCGGACGUGGUAACCGUGACAUUUUCUUUCUUUUUUUUUCGAAAUUCGAAAACCUCGUCGGAACAAGAGCGAAAUUAUUUCUCGCUUCGCCUUCGCGUCUUCUUUCUUCCUUUCUUUCUUUCUUUUUCUCGUUACCACGUGCGGAUGCGUCUCGAGAGAACAAAAGAAAAAAGCAUAAAAUAGUUAAAAAAAAAGAAGAAGAAGAAGAAGAAGGGAGAUGAAUAGAGAAACAACGAGAAAAUGGUUUUCGUAUGGUGUUUCGCGAUGAUGAAGGUUCUAUACACCGCGAAUCGCGAAUCGCGAUACUCGAUCGGAAAGAAGAAACUUGAACUCUGAAAUUCGCUAUUUCGGGGACGAGAAUAAUAAUAUUCGCGUGUUUAGCGUGAAAUGGCGGGAACACGGGUUUCCCCGUGAAAUAGGAAAACCGCGAGGUAGACCGUUGACUUGUCACCGUGAUAACGACGCUCGAUCGAGACGAGUUUCUUUUUUAUCGUUGACUAUAUAUAAAUUAUAUAUAUAUAUAUAUACAUACAUAGAACUAUAUAUGCGAAACAAUGGCUCCUAUAAAUUCUUUACAAUUUCCGUUAAGGGAGAGAACGAAAGAAACUAUUACGGUUCAUGCGCGGAAUCACGGAUAGUUGCUAAAACGAGAAACGCUGAUCAAGAAUGACUGAGCGGAUGCGUGUGUACAAGCGUGUUGUAUGCGUGCAUGUACGUGUCCUGUACGUGUUCGUAUUUUUAUUGCGUGAAACACGGACGAAGUGUAGGGUAGAUCUAACAUUUGUUUACUUUUCAAACCCUCCGCAAAACGUUCUCGCGUCGGUACCAGCGACUCGCUAAUACAACUUUUCUUUUUUAUCGACCACACUUUUCUCGAGAAUGGGACAAAAAUAUCUAGUUGCGGAGGGUUGUAUGUUCCAUCGCAUCGUAAUAGGGUAUUAGAGAGAUUGAGAUUGAGAGAUUGAGAGAGAGAGAGAGAGAGAGAGAGAACGCUCUGACGGUUUAUCGGUAUGGAAAAAAUUUUAGUAUAAAAUAGGGAACGAAAUGUUCAAGUGUAUCCAUGGCUAAGUCUCGUUUGGAAAGAAGAAGAAGACGAAACAAAGUUUAUAUAUCUAGACUGCGGAUCUUUGUGCAUUUACGGCGCGUAGCGAGAAAAAGUUCAUAGUAUUUUCACUUUAUCGUCACCGCUAAGGGAAAAAUCUCCUCCUCGUCGACGGAAUGAAAUACUUCCGACGUUCGGAUUCCCAUGAAAUGUAAAUCCGAGAGGACGACGGGAAUUCGCGUGAAAUUCCGCAGUUUAUUUAUAUCGUUUUUGUUUGUUUGUUUGUUUGUUUUUUCAAUGUUAUCCCCCGUGGAAAGCGUCUAAUAGAAUAUUAAAUCUAUCCCGCACAUCGUCUCCGACAACAGGAAAAGGAAUCGGAAGAAGCGACGAAGACAAAGAAGAAUCCUUUUAACCUUUAGGCGAGCGUGGCUGUGCGGAUAGCGAGCAACUAAUUAAUUAAUUAAACAAGUUUACUAUUAAGACUAAGUCGAUUUGUACUCUUUUCAAGGCAAAUGGCGACUGAAAGCUACGCUCCUCGAUCAUUCGACGCGAACAUGCAAUUCAAAUGAAAGGUACGCGACGAAAGAAGAUAAGAAGAAGAAGAAGAAAUAGAAGAAGAAGAAGACGAAGACGAUGAUGACGAAGAAGAAGCGAGUGCCCUACAGUUUGCGAGGACACGAGAAUAUUUCCCUGAGCUUUAAGGAUCGAGAGAGCGGUCUAUUUUUCUAUGGCGCUCUGCUUUCGGUCGCCACGGGCCGACAGGAGGUGGAAGAAUAAAAAACACUGUGUAUAGAAUAAGUUCGUAAGAGUUCGUGAAGACGAUCACGGGAGCAUGCAUGGUCGGACGAAUGAUAGAGCCACAACCCCGGACGAAUGAUAGGCACGUAGCAAAAGUGGAAGUUAGGGAAUCACGAAAAUAGUCGAACGAUUGAUUAAAUUUCUAGCGAGCUGGUUCCGGGAAAAUUUCGUCGUUUUUCCCCGAACAGAACUGAAGUAGCGUUUACGAGAUGGGCGCGAUAGUUUAUAGACGGAUCUUCUGAUUGUGCGAUUGUGUGCCCGCGUGCGUGUAUAACUGUAAUUUGUAGAUCGAUCGAGACACGUUCUACUCCGUGAAGUAUAACUUGUCCCGGGUAGAAAAAUACAGUUCUUUCUCCUCUUCUUACGAACGCAGACUCUGUUUUUUGUUUUUUUUUUGGAAUUGUCCGGAUAGAUGAUCGCGCGCGAGCAACGGAACCAGUUUAUCGAGAAGAGCUCUGGGCAUUAUUCGUUCGGAAAUAUUAUUCGCGUCGUGGUACGGUCGAUCCUUCUCCAUCCUUGCUUGGUCGAAUUUAUCCAGCGCGAGAUCCGACAGGAAACGCGAAUUCUGUCCGAGUCUGAUCUCUCAAACGUGGGCGCGGACGUCUCUGCGCACGGUGGAACGAAAAAGACAAAGGUCGUUCCAAAGGUUCGUUGGGUUUUUUCGACUAGCGUGUAUGGUCCUCGACUAGCAUUUACUAGCACUGUAUGGUUUAUUUCAUUCGGGACGAACCGGAGAUAGGAGGGGAAGGUCACGUGGACAGGGCGGAGCGAUCGCGGUGGUCUGCUUUCGCGAGAAAAACGAAGUACAGACCAGAAAGCUUGGUACAAAACUGCGUUACAAACAAAAUGAGAUCGUGCGCCGUUCGAUCGGCCAGGAAUCGCAGGCAGGCGCGAAGGUGUAGCAAAUCGAAAAAUCGCAAGGUUUCGCGAAGGGGACAUUGUAACAGUAUUAUCGAUGGACGAAUACGACGUGUGUGCAUGUGGCGUGUACGUAUGCAUGAUGAUCCUCUGUUUCUUUCCGCCUUUUCGGUCUUCUUUAACUGACCUACUUCUCGGCUACGAAUCUUUCGAAAGGCGCGCGCGCGCGCGCGUGGGGUUGGAAAUCGUUCGCGCGAUAAUUUGCGAAACCUUCGUUUCGCCCGCGAAUCGAGUAUAUAUCGGCGACCGAGAGGAGAUCAUUUUCGGAAUGUUUCGGCGAGCACGAGACUACCAAGACACACGGUAUAUAUUAGUUGUUAAGCGUAGAGUAUAACCGAAUUAUUUAUUGUUCGCUCCGACAGUAGCUGCAUAUUUUUUUACGUUCGCUCGUCCGUUCGUUCGUUCGUUAGUUCGUCUGUUCGUUCGUCGGCGAGUUUUUUCUUUUUCUUUUUCUUUUUCUUUUUUUUUUUUCUUUUGUAAACACCGGUUCGUUCGACCAAGAUCGAAUUGCCCUUGCACCCUUGCAACAAACGCACGACACCGAAAGAUUUUUUUUAUUUCAAGCCGCGUCCGAUCGUUAAACGAAAGGAAGAGACGACAGGAUUUAUUCUCCUCGAGGAACAAGUAUUAUUAUUUCUUCGUUCGACGUUCGAUGUUUCGUCGAUCGUUAUUCUCGUUUCUUUCGGCCGUGAGAUCUUUCUUGCAAGCGUGCCCGUACUAUUUGUCACCCCGCUCUCCCCCCCCCCCCACCCUUGUGUAUUUUUUAGUUAUCCGUAAGCGUUUUCGUUGAUGGAUGGACACACCGAUAUCGUCGUUAUCGUUGUUAAGAUUUCUAUAUUAAAUCUCAGCCUUAUGAUUAUUUACAAUGAAGCAACAUACUAUUCACAAUAAAAAAAAGGUCAUACCGAGAA